UCUGAGGGUCUGAACUAAUGCCUGAAUAUGUUUGCCAGGGAAUGAGUUUGGCCUACACAGAGGCCCUGGCUCUUUCUUAAAAGAGCCCUGACUCUGCCUCCCUGAACUGGAGAUUUAAGGGAGUGCUGAAUAAACAAAGGAUCUAUUUUGUUCUGGGUAUGUCUGGCUACAGUGCUCUCCCUCAAAGGAACCCCCGCCUCCUUCCCAGCUAGGGGUAUUCUCCCUGCAAGCCAGCGUUGCUUCCAAGAAAGCUUCCUUUGAUCUUGUGAAAUUGUCUCCGGUCCCUUGAUUCUUCUUCUUCUUCUUCUUCAGCUCUGGCUCCGCAGUUUGUUCACAGUCCCUUGCUUCCCUUCUCUUCUCGGAGCGCCGGGCAAGUGUGCGUUCAGUUCAGUUCUCUUCCACCCGAGCGAAGGUUGCCUCUGUGAUGCUUUGCAGUUCACAACUUUUAAAAGAAGACAAGUCAUAUGCAGCAAGAACCCAAAGCCCUGUGUGUUUUGCUGUCAGCUCAAUGUGUUGAAGAAGAAGAAGAUAGCUGGGUUGUUUGGAUUAAAUCCUCUUUGCUUUCCAAGGCAUGCCAGAUUGCCUACAUUUGGGUUGAUGCAGUUCAAGCAGCAUCCAGCUUUCUCUUGAGGCAUUAAGAAAAUCCUGUCCACAGCUUGCAAGAUGACCGACGAGCCUAUCAAGGAGAUCUUGGGAGGUUCCAAGUGUCCUCAGUGUGCAACGCUGGAGAAGAUCAACAACAAUGACUGCCGGGUGACGGCUGUGCCUUUGGUGAGCGAACACCAGCUGACGGCUGCCACAGGGGGAGCAGAACUCUCCUGUUACCGUUGCACGAUCCCCUUUGGGGUGGUGAUCCUCAUUGCCGGAAUUGUGGUCACAGCAGUAGCCUACAGCUUCGACUCUCACGGAUCCAUCAUCUCCGUGCUGGGAUUGUUCCUAUUGUCAUCCGGACUCCUUUUGUUGGCCUCGAGUGCCUUAUGCUGGAAAAUCCGGCAGCGGAACAAGAAGGGAAAGAGGAGGGAGAGCCAGACAGCUCUUGUGGCAAACCAAAGGAGCCUCUUUGCUUAGAAGCUGCGAGCCAAAGGGAUGAAGGUGAAUGGUGGAUUACUGAACAUCAAGUCUUAUUUAUUUGCAGUUCAGCUGCAGGAUCUUUUAGCAAUGGCUGAGCUGGAAUUAUAAAUGAGAACCCAGAGCACCAUGGAAGGUUUGGAAAUCAUUCAUACCUGUUGUCUCAGAAGUGUAUUUCAAGAUACACUAGAUAUGAUACCCUGGGAUUUUCAUUUCAGAUCUUUUCUCUGUGUUUUAUUCAAGUGGUGUUAUACAGUUCAAAGAUUGAGGUUUUGGCACAUCUAGAAAAAACAAAACCAAAAGCCUUAUCCAACUGUCUAGUAGAAUAAAGGAGGUCAGUUACCUGGAGUCAGGUGGGACCAUGUGUUCUAUUGAAAGACAGCAGUGGGCAGUCCAUCAUACACAGCUUUAACUUUACAGCUGGUCCCAAAAGCAAGGCAAUAGGCAACCAACUUAUUCAAAGGUUCAUGCGCAUGCAUGUGAUGAAAACCCCAACCCACCCCGGAAAUAUCUUCUAGAGGGAGAAACCUUGAGAACAACAGUGGGGAGGUAGUUUUCUUUGUGGCGAAUAGUCAUCUUCUAUCUUCCACGAGUCACCCUUGUCACGGCAAUAUCUUGCAACAGCGAAUUCCAUACAUUAAAGCAAACAAGUGGGUCAGAAAGGCUGGAGUAAGCCCCUCAUGUAGUUGUCUCCCUACAUCCGAUUUCCUAGGAAAAGGGGCCAUUUUGGUUGCCUCUUGAGUUGAUCUGGCUUUGAGGUCAUCUUCUAAAAGACAGCAGUUCUGCCGCAUGUUGUGUUGACCACACAUUUGCUUGAUUUUUAAAGGAUGGAAGAUUAAAAAGGCCUCCUUGCUUCCGGUUAUUCAGGGAAGCAGUCUUGAAAUUAUAGACUUGUCCCAAUCCCCCCUUUUUUCCCCAGAAAGAACUUACUUGUUUCUCUCCUGCUCCUCCCCCCCCACCCCCUAUCACCAUCAGACUUGUGUGGCCUUUUAAACUAUUAGCAAAUGCUUGGACAAUUUGGGGAGGUGGGGUGAAUGCUAGGAGAAUUCAAGGAUGUGAUCAAAACAGCGCAAAGUCAUGUCCAUCAAGUGCUUCACCUAAAGCUUUCUUAAGACGAAAAGCCCAUGUGCGGCUUUGAUCAACAUAACGUUUAAGGAACUUGCAGUCAUAAGUUGCAUCAGCCAGAACAUGCACUUCAUUUUAUUCUUAUGAUAUUUUUGUGGUACUUCUUUAAAAAGUAAUAUUGAACUACUACUAGUACUACUACUACUAUACUACUGCUUCCUUUAAAAAAUGGAGUGGGUAAUGUUACUAUUUAGACACAGGUUGCUCUCUAUACCUAUUUGUCAAAAUUAAACAGCAAGGUAUAUGUAUAGAUCAAAAGAUACAUUGGCAAAUUUAACUGUUAUAACACUGUCAUACUUAGCACUUUGGAUCAUUUUGAUAUUAAAUCCUGGUUUUUAGAAAAUGUACCCUUCAUUUCAAAAUAAUAAACAAUCUCUGCUGCUAGAGCUUUUAGAAAAGUGAGUCUUGUCCAUU